AUGAGAAUCCCAACAAAAGUGGGUCUUAUUUCUACUCUAAGAAACAUUGAUAUUGUGGUCAUACACGCUGUACAAAAGAGGGCCUCAAACAUGAGAUCCUUGGAAGAGGAGGACCUGGUUACCAAGCUGAACUCGUUGAAUAUCAUCGUCAUAUCAUGUAAAGGGAAGGUGGGAAUUGGAGAACCUUCACCAAUGAUGGCAUAUGCGCGCAGCUUGCACGAUGCCAAGCUUAAGUCUCAAGCUUUACACAGAUUGGCCUGA